AUGAACCCCAACUGCGCCCGGUGCGGCAAGAUCGUGUACCCCACGGAGAAGGUGAACUGUCUGGAUAAGUUCUGGCAUAAAGCAUGCUUCCACUGCGAGACCUGCAAGAUGACACUCAACAUGAAGAACUACAAGGGCUAUGAGAAGAAGCCCUACUGCAACGCACACUACCCCAAGCAGUCCUUCACCAUGGUGGCCGACACUCCGGAAAACCUCCGCCUCAAGCAGCAGAGUGAGCUCCAGAGUCAGGUGCGCUACAAGGAAGAAUUUGAGAAGAACAAGGGCAAAGGCUUCAGUGUGGUGGCAGACACACCAGAACUUCAGAGAAUCAAGAAGACCCAGGACCAGAUCAGUAAUAUAAAGUACCACGAGGAGUUUGAGAAGAGCCGCAUGGGCCCCAGCGGAGGUGAAGGGCUGGAACCAGAGCGCCGAGACUCCCAGGACAGCAGCAGCUACCGACGGCCCCAGGAGCAUCAGCAGCAGCAGCCUCACCACAUCCCGACCAGCACCCCAGUUUACCAGCAGCCCCAGCAGCCACCGAUGGCCCAGUCCUAUGGUGGCUAUAAGGAGCCUGCAGCCCCCGUGUCCAUACAGCGCAGCGCCCCAGGCGGCGGUGGGAAGCGGUACCGCGCCGUGUAUGACUACAGUGCAGCCGAUGAGGAUGAGGUCUCCUUCCAGGACGGGGACACCAUCGUCAACGUGCAGCAGAUCGACGACGGCUGGAUGUAUGGGACCGUGGAGCGCACCGGUGACACGGGCAUGCUGCCGGCCAACUACGUGGAGGCCAUCUGAGCUACAUGGUGGCCGCCGGCAGCACCCUGCCCACCCUCCGUCUUCAGUGCAUUCCACAGCAUCACAUCCGUCUGAGGUGCCAUCCGGCGCUUGGGAGUCUCUGAUUUUUUUCAAUCUGCAACAGCUUGUUUCCUCCCGUCCCCCCUCCAGCUUCUUUUGCCAACUGAAGCCUUGUCUGCCAUUCCCUCGGGCUCCUCCUCUGGCUGGUUUCCCCCUUGGACAACUUCUGGGUUUUUCUCUCUGGAUGG